AACAUUACAGAUGCGCUCGGACUCCCCCGCUUCCUCCUGCCUGCCUCUGCUGCUCUCUGUCGAGCUACAUCGGCCGACUCCAGCGCGCCCCGUAACUACAUGCCAGAGAAUGCAUUGAGGGUGGGUUUUAAUUGUACCACCCGCUAUGCAGUGCUGGUGCUCGGCGCUCGACUUGUAGCCGUUUGUCUGGUGAAAUAGGCCGAGAUCAGACACCAGGAAGCUGAAGGAAGAAAAAAAAAAAGAACUGAGAGCAGUCAGACAGGAGGCCACGGUUUCCCCCUCAAACACACACACACAUCACCGGGGCCUUGAUGGUGAUGUAUGCAAGGAAACCAGCAAGAGUCAGCGAUGGGUGCAACGACAGAAGGGAUCCACAGUCCUAUCAGGCCCAUAAAUCUCAGCCAAAGAGCCAGUCCAGCAGCCUUCACCGCUUUGCCAAGGUGCGUGACGGUUCAGCGGAUCCCAUUCCCCCUUACAAGGUGCUGCGACGCUCUGAUGAAAGUCCUGUCAGCAGACAAGGAGAUGUUAUGGGGCAACAUGGCAAGGCCAAAUCCUCCUUCGCCGUCCGAGGAAAAAACGGGACCAGCGGCUCUCCCCAGGAGGCCCCUCACAACAACAGCUCCCACCAAGGCGCUGAAAGUCAUACGAGCCAGAGCAAGCCUGCAGAAAGAGACCCCGCCGAUGACUGGACAGAACACAUUAGCUCCUCCGGCAAGAAGUACUACUACAACUGCAGAACUGAGGUUUCCCAGUGGGAGAAGCCCAAGGACCUGCUGGAGAGGGAACAGCGACAGAAGGACUCAGCCAAGAUGGCAGCAAACAGUUUCCCCAAGGACAUGGACUAUAGACAAGAGGCCUUGCAGGACAAAGCCACAACUAAGACGACGCCAGCGGACCAAUCCACGUCAUCAAACAGCGGCCAUUCCUCCUCCCUCUCUUCUUCUCAGAGCCUAAACUCUGCAGCCGGUUCUUUAGGGUCUGCCCCCUCCAGCAUGUCAUCUUCCUCCUCAUCGGCGGCGCAGGGGCCUCAGUGCGUGCAGUCGCAGUCGUCCGCGCUGCUGCAGGACCCGGCCCUCCUGCACCAGCUCCUUCCGGCUCUGCAGGCCACUCUGCAGAUGAACAACGGCAGCAUGGACAUGGCCAAGCUCAACGAAGUCUUGGCCGCUGCUGUCACCCAAGCUUCCUUGCGGUCUGUGCUUCAUAAGCUCCUUGCUGCUGGACCUGCUUUCAACGUCUCUGCUCUGCUCUCCGCUGCUCAGCACUCCAACCAAGCACCGCACUCCAGUCAGUCCCCGGUCUCUAUGACGACGGACGCCUCGUCCCCGCGCCCGUAUGUCUCGCCACGGAACGGCACGCCCCAGAACAACCAGAAGCCCCAUCAGGGGAUGCAUAUCGGCAGCAUCACGCCAUCACAAAGCAGAGGCGGCAUGCUUUCUGGAAAGCAGGGAUCAUUGUCUUUGUGUCAGGCGGCAGACAAGCGACCAGAGGACCCAAGGACUCUGCAGCAGAGAAGCAGCCAGGAGAUGCUGUGCUCGGGACCAAACCUCUCUGCUUUGCCCCAUGCGCCCUCCGGCAGCGGCGGCCAAACCCAGUCAGACCCCCCCGGCACCUUCACUCCCACCCUGGCAACGCAUUUCGAUGAAAACCUCAUCCGACACAUCCAAGGGUGGCCUUCAGAGAACACUGAGAAGCAGGCGGCUCGGUUGCGAGAGGACCUCCACAACAUGGGCAGCCUGUACAUGUCUGAAAUCUGCACAGAGAUGAAAAACCUGCGCUCUCUGGUCAGAGUGUGCGAGAUCCAGGCUACGCUGAGGGAGCAGAGAGUCCUGUUCCUGAGGCAGCAGAGCAAAGAGCUGGAUAAACUGAAGAACCAGAACUCCUACAUGGUGUGAGGACCUGAGAAAGUCUGCGAGCAACAACAAAAAA